UCCACGACUGUGAAUCGGGCUUUUUUCAGCGCGCAAGGCCUUAGAACUUGGUUUCGCGCUUUUUGGCAAUCCCGCAGUGCCUACUUUCGGCAUCAAUCAAAACCGGGCGUUCUGGGAGCCGUGAGGGGCCCUGCUAAGGCUGAGGCUUUGCACUGCGCGCAGAGCAACGCGGCCGACGCGCAGCACCAACACAAACACAAAAAAGCGUGAAUGGGAGAAGCCCACCGCGCCUUCACGAGCAUGGAUCGAGUGUUACAAAGAACAACAACAAAUUCAGACAACAAGGUGUCGAAACUCAUCGACCAGCUCAAAGCGAGGACCGACGAGUUCACGGCCGCGACGAACAAGACCAUGAACGCGAUCAACCCGACCGAAACUUUGGUAGCGCGCAUGCGCGCGUAUGGGACUGCCGUCUCCGUCGGCGUCUUUAUUGGAGCCGCGGUGACGGCCGGCGUGCUGGCCGGGCUGGCGUCUUUAGCCGCUAUGAGAGCACCCCAACUGAAGGAAGCGCGCGAGGAGGCGAAACGGAUAUUUAAGAAGUUCACCGCCGGCGGGCCGUCGCCGCCCCCGGAGGACACUCACCUAGAAGAGCGCGUCGGUGACAUGGAGCGGAGGCUCGGCGAGACGCGCGUCACGCUCCAGGAGCGCGUCACGGCCGUCGAGGCCAUGGAGACCACCGGCCGCCAGGCCCUCGAGGCCCGGGUGCUGGAGCUCGAGAUGCGCGUGCCGAACUUGGUAGCCUUGCAGGAGCGCAUCGACAACGUCGAGCUGAGCAUCGCGCGGCUCGCAGCGAUCGAGGAGCAGGUCGCGAGCGGCUCCAAGCUCUCAUCACGUAGAAUGUCAUAACGAGAAGUG